AUGAACCUCUGCUUGCUCAGAGCCUCCGGGUAUUUGCUUCCCUCUGAGCUCUUCAUCGAUAUCGAACCAACCUUCCGCUUUCUUCCCAGCUCUACUUCGGUGUGUAUUGGUGAACUUGCCUUAAAGGUCGUCGAUGAGGCUCAUGUCUACACCAUGCGAGCCUCGUCGACGGCGAUCAAGGCUAGUUGA